AUGAACUCUUACUUCGAACAGAGUGGUUUUUACGGAGGCCACCACCACCAGGGCACGGGGUCCGUGACAGGACACCACGACCAAAGCGCUGCAGCAGCCGCCGCAUACAGAUCUUUUCCUCUGAGCCUGGGUAUGUCGCCGUACGCCUCCAGCCAACACCACCAUCAUCAUUCCUUACACCAGGCCAGACCUCCCCAGGACUCUCCGUACGACGCCUCGGUGGCGGCGGCAUGCAAACUCUAUUCUUCAUCUUCAGACAGUCAACAGAACUCGAUAAACUAUAGUUCCUCAAACACGAAACCUGACUGUUCAAAAGGUAAUGCCGAUCAGAACGGUUAUGCCUCGGUGGUGGCCGCAGCAGCGGUCAAAGACGUUUGGCAAAGUGCAACCUCCGGUGGUGGAGCAAAUCUGUCCAACAGUUUGUCUGGCCCGGUGCGACCGUCGGCCUGCACGCCGGACUCCAGAGUGGGUUACGGCUCAUCGGUCGGCCUCGUCGGUGGUGAUCCGUCCUCCAGUCCCGGAGCAGCUUCCGGAGGAAGAACUGGAAAUUCCCUGUCAUCCUGGAACAACCCGUGCUCCCUCAACUCCUCAUCAUCGCAGCCCGUAGGAACACAAAUCCACCAGCAGACGAACCACACGUUCUAUCCCUGGAUGGCAAUAGCAGGUGAGUUCUCGAUACCAGUUGUGGGCGGUUUGUCCAUAGAAAGAGCUACAGACAAUAGUGAUCUUUUCCAAUUUAAAACACCAUUGGUAUGGUACAUGCACGCAAGCGGCGAGGGACUUCUUAUUCCUUCUGCGCCAUCAGAUUUAGCAACCUCCCGAAUCGAAAUGCGACCUACUCCUCUACCAAUGACCGCUUUGGAUGGCGUGAACUCCAUUAGACGCACAGCGUAG